CGCCAUGAUUACUAUUUCUGCUUGAAUUACGAAUAUAAACAAGCUAUUCCGAGGCCGUUGAGCAUCACAUUGCGCUCCGCGACGCAACACAAAAAUAACCGCAGUGCAUUUCGAAUCUCGGUGCGGCUCGUAAGCAUGAGACAUGACCCGGCGGAGCGUGCCACCGCCGUGUCGAACGGAGACGUAACUGGAGAUUGGCAGGAGGGGGCAGCAGGCCGCUGACGCUGGCUGGUUUUGCGGGGACUUUAGGCUUAGAGCGACAGCGACACUUGGCCGCAGGCACCGCUACGUCGGUUUCCCCGAGAACCGAAUGGUCGCCUGCGUCGAGAACUUGACCGAAUGUCAGGUAAAGAGCUGGCGCAGCUACAUCGCGUGUCGCGACGCCCCCAGUUGGAUCAUGCGCUCCUGAGAUGCCUUAUCUAGAGCAUUUCGGCCCCAGUGUGAGCUGCUGUCGCAGCUAUACCAGCUCGCGGACCUUGUAGCCGCGUUGAACGGUCUUUUUCCUCGCGUGCACGGUGACAAGAGGCUUAUGUUUUAGAAACUCGAGGCAAGUCUCGGCGCCGUUCUAGACGGAACGUCGCGUCUGGUUGAUUUCGAGAUGAAGAAGCUCUUCUCGCGCUUCGAGAGGAUUGACCAGGGCGCAGCUAGGGAAGCCAACAACUUUGUCGGAAAAGUUUUCACCGUGGGAAGGCACACCGUCACAGUUGAAGACGUGAUUGCUGAAGGAGGCUUCGCCAUAGUCUUUCUGGUGAAAGGAUCUAACAAUCUGCGAUACGCAUUAAAGCGUAUGUUUGUCAAUGAGGAACAUGGCCUGAAUGUCUGCAAACGUGAAAUACAGAUUGCAAGUAAUCUGAGUGGCCACAAGAACAUAAUUGGCUUUGUGGAUUCGGUUAUCAACCAUGUCGGUGGCGGGGUAUACGAGGUCCUCAUGCUCAUGCACUACUACAAAGGGCAUGUGCUGCAGCUGAUGAAUGACAAGCUCCAUACUGGAUUCUCGGAGCAGGAAGUUCUCAAAAUCUUUUGUGACAUUUGUGAAGCGGUGUCAAGGCUGCACCAUUGUCAAACACCCAUUGUGCACAGGGACCUCAAGGUGGAGAACAUUCUAAUCAGCGAUGCUGGCCACUAUGUAUUGUGUGACUUUGGUAGUGCCACUGCCAAGAGCCUCAAUCCUCAAGCGCAGGGAGUGGCAGCAGUCGAGGAGGAAAUCCUCAAGUACACAACGCUAGCCUACCGUGCACCUGAGAUGGUGGAGCUCUACAGUGGGAGACUUAUCACGACAAAAGCAGAUAUUUGGGCCUUAGGCUGUUUGCUGUACAAGUUGUGCUUCUUCAGUUUGCCCUUUGGUGAGAGCGCCCUGGCAAUUCAAAGUGGGAACUUCACCAUACCUGACAACUCGCGCUAUUCCAAGCAGAUGCAUUCCCUCAUCCGUUACAUGUUGGAAGUCCAGCCUGAGAAGAGGCCAGAUAUCUUCCAGGUGUCCUAUGUGGCAUUUUCAUUGGCAGGCAAAGACUGCCCUGUUCAGAAUCUUCAUAAUUCACCAAUUCCAAAUAUUGAACAGCUUCCAGUACCUCAGUGUGACAGUGAGGGCAAAAUGUCAUCAUCAAAGCCUCCAAGAUCAUUGCAGGUACCAGUUGCAGAGGGCACGUCGGUAGCACCUCGGCAGCGGCCCAAAGGGUCGCAAGCACCACCAGGUGUUGGCGGGCUGCCCCUCAUCCCCCAAAAUGCUUUGCCAUCCUCUCGACGCCCCACACCUACCACUCCACAGCCACAGGUGCCCCCUGUUACACCAAACCCUGGAAGUGAUCCUAAAGAGGAAACAGUUACACCAGACAUUUCAAGUCAUCAAAGUGAAGGUCAGCUGGAUAUCCAAGUGUUUCUUGUGGGUCCUGUGGGUAAUUCUGAUUAUGAAGGCGUACGAAGUCCAUGUGCUGCAACAACACCAUUUGGUGCCAAUGCCAAGCCUGGUCUCCUGCCACCACCACCCCAGGCAUCUGCAUCGGCACCAUCUUCGGCAAUCACUACUCCGAGUCAACCCAGCCAGCCUGGCUCUAAGCUUGGAUCCAGCUCACUCGAGGCAUUCUUCACACCAUACUGCUCUGGCGAACAGAACUUUGCGAGUGCUACAUCACAGGGUAGCAAUGGUGCAGCGGUAUCGAGCGUUACGGGAGACCAGGCACCAUUUUCUGCAGCGUCUAAUGGGCCUGUGGUUGGUGGCAGCAGCGGUGGUUCAUUCGUGCCUUCCGGAUCAAAUCUUGCUACUCCAGCUGCACCCUUAACAGGACAGCAGCAGCAAGGGAUUCAGGCUCAGGGUGUCAGUGUGGACAUGAUCAGCAGUACACAGCCUUUGUCAGGAACCUCAUCAGAGCGCUUGGCACCCGCCUUGACGCCACCAUCGUCUCCUACUCCAAGUCAGAAAAGCCAUCAUCGGCGUAAUGUCAGUGACACGUCGGCCUUUGUCAAGCCAUUUGUGCAGGAAACGUCCCAGUUCCUGGCUCCUUUUGAAGUCUCACUGGGCCGUGCUUCAUCCCCACAUGAGGGCAAUCCCCACUGGAACCCAUUUGCUGAGUCUGCAUCUGCCUCUGCAGUGGAUCCUAUAGAUCCUGAAGACCAUCUGUUUGGCCAGGAGUUUGAUAAGAUACGACGAGGCUCGCAGAGCAGCAUAUCCAAUGUGAAGAGUCGUGAGAGUCUAGUCAUGAGCAGUGGCGACUUAGUGGAUCCAUUUGGGGCUGCACCAUUCAACCGUUCAGGUAAACCAGGCCGGGCAAGAAACUCUUCUGGAAAGACUGCAUUGAAUCCUCUGUCUACUACUUCGUCCCAGGCUGGAGGACCUUUAGAUGAAGAGGCAGCUGGCUAUGUGCCACUGUAUGAAGAUCAUGGUGAUGGGAUCGUCAUUCGGGCUCGACAUUGCAGCGAGAACUCCAGUGCUUCUCAGGAGGGCAGCCAGGGUGGGAGGUCUACCAAGGAAGCACUGGCAUCGUUUGGAGCCUUUGCCAGAAUACCAGUUGAGGAUCGCUCCAAGUAUGAAAAGCUUUUAGAUGAUGUUGAUGAAGAUUAUGCUCGAGGUGAAUCCAGUCGAAAACACAAGCUAGCUGGAGACGAGGACAAAGAUUCCAUUGGCUCUGCAAGUGAUUUACAGGCAAGGGUUGAGCUGAGUGAAGAAGAGGAUGCCGUGGAAGUUGGUCGACAGAGGGCAAGCAAGAGGUCUGAUCCUAAAAAAGAACUUUUUGUUGUGAGUAAGCCGCCCUUAGUACCAGCAGAUGGUGGUGCAAGAGUUCUAGAAACCGGCAGCUUGCAGGCGCGUGGCUUCCAAGACAUGUUUGUUGGGCAUAUGGAGGGUGAUAAGCCGCUGCUAGAGGAUGAAGAUCAGCUGUCUGAGACUGAGAUAAGGCCUCCUGCAGAGGAGGAACAGCCUAGUGUCGGUAAGGUUCAGAAGAGCCUGCUUCCUCCGCCGAAGCGCGAGUCGUUUCCGACGGAAGGAGCAGUGGCUAGCAGGGAUAGUGCUGAUGUUUUCACGCAAGCUCCUUUCCGCAAGCCAAGGCCACCAAGAAAGCUGUCUGAGCCCGCCAGGCCAUCGGUUCAUGCCACAAGCAGCUCCUCUGUAGUCCAACCAUCAGUGUCUUCAGUGCCACCACUUGCGUUGCCAACUGCUACAACUGUUACGACACCUCCAGUAACACAGCAACACAGCUACACACGCUCGGCAUUUUCUGACUAUAAGGUGGCAGCACAAGAUUACCGUAUGGACUAUCAGCGCCUCUCUGUACAUGCAAACUCUGAAAGCGAGCUGACCAGAGGACACUCAGAGGCAGAUCUUUUUGGUUCGGCUCCAUUCACCCAUCUGAAGGCAACCCCUAAUAACAAGGGCCUGUUCACUGAAAGCAUGUCAGCAGUGCCACAGCCAGCAAGCCGCCAUAACUCUGUCGUGUCAAUGUCUGUGGCACCGCAGCCCCAUGCACCUACCAUUCCAACACGCACGCAGAGUCAUCAAGACCUCUUUGGAUCUACCCCGUUUGCUGUAGAAAAUACUAGCGGUUUGCGAGAAACAAUGGAAGCAACUUUAGCUACAGCAGCUCGCACUGGCAAUGUUGCCAAAACUCUUCCCGAUUCUCCUGAGAGCCCAACAAGCUCGGACGAGGAAGGCAGCGUGAGGAAGUUUCGUAAGGACAAAAAGCGUUAUCAGCAGCUCAGGACAGAAGAUGCAAUUAUGACUGAGGAUCUAGUUGAAGGAGGCCGUCGAGUUGCUGCACAUCUGCGCACUUCAGCAAGUCGCAAGGACAAGCGGAAAACAGAGAAAGCAAGCAAUGCAUUCUCAAACCUCAGCUUUGAGGACAUUGGCAGUGAGGAGGACGCAGCAGCAAGCAGCUUUGUUACCGAGGUCCAUUUCAGGACUUCUGCAGUGAGCAAAUGAAUGCUCUCUCUCACUUCCCUGUCAGCAGAAAGUGCAAGCUUAUGAAGCAAGAUGUGAUAGUACUAUUUGUACAUUGCGAUAAUUAUGUAUUAUUAUUGUUACUAUUAUUGUGUUGGCAACACAUUUAUAUAUUAUAUACAUAUAUAUAUAAAUAUAUAUAUAUAUAUACAAGCCCCACGUAAUUAUAUUAGAAAGAAUGUUCUCAUUUGUUUUCACUGUAAUUGACAGAUGAAUGUGAGGUGACAGCUUGAAAGGGCUGGCCAAAGUAUGUCAGCUUUUGUUUCUCAUCUAUGGUUUUAGCUUUCCUCCCCCUUCACUCAAAACAAGGGUAGCAUGCACGUCAAUCAAAAAAAUCUCCCAUUGUAUAGCAGGAACAAGUGUUCUUGUGGACACUGGUGCUUUUGUUUGCUUUUUUGUUUGAAACACACUGGCUCAGAGAACCUGUUAAAAUGUAUGCUUGUUAGCCUAGUUUUCUUGUAGAUCGUGAUUUCCUGUCAUUGGUGCUUGCUUUGUUGCGUGCCAACGUGUGUGACUUGGGGAGCUGCACUUAACUGAAUGGUAGGGUAGCGACUUUCUGGGGCAUCGGCCUGUUCGUGCUGGCUCUUGUUUCUCAGAACUCAGACCUACUUCAUCUUGUUUGUCUGCUGCAGUGAUGUUAUUUAUUUCUGCUGAGGGUGGUCUCGCAUGUAGCACUAAUUUAAAAGCCGAAAUCCGUAGCAAGGUAGCAAAUUUAAAGUGUUGCAAGUUGUGCUGCAAAUUCAGUUCUUUCAGAAGCAUGGUAACAUGCCAUUGUCAUGUGCACUCAAGUCAGUGAUGGUGCCACAUGUUAAUGCUCUUCUUGUGACUUCAUUGGCUUUCAUCACCAAAUAUUGAGAUUUGCCUGUCCAGGCAGGCCAUGUUGCCUUUUAAAGUGUGUGAUCUGUUCUUCAUUCUGUGCUUUAAUUUCAGAGAUGCAAUUCACUACACGUCUGAUGACAUAUUUUUUUUUUUUCACAUGUUAUAAUGAAUUACUUGCUUCUUACAGCUAGAACUGUACUGCAGCCUAGAUAUUUCUUCUUGAACUGAAUGGCAGAGACAUAGGAUCUUAAAGAUUAUAUCUACUAAAACAAAGGUCAGUCUAAGAGUCUACAUAUAUUAGGAAAAUACUUCCUCUAUGUUUUAUAGAUUAGUUGUAGGUAUUUAAUAAAAAAGUGCUAACCAACAA